CUGUGCUGGAAUCCCAGGGGAAGGGGUAGAUUUAGAGGUCUGGGCUGGGGUCCAAUCUGGAAGGCUCCUCAUAACUGACCUUUGAAGUUUAGAAAACAGCCUCUAGCGGGAAGAGGGAGGGAGAGGGGCGCGGUUGUUGGAAGCAUUGUAAUUGUCUUGGACUGUGGAGAGGCAGGACGGAGCGGGGUUGAGGGACCAGUAGCUGCGGAGGGUCUGUCACUCCCUGUGGGGGCACGUAUCUGGCCCCGGGAGGCACAGUUGAGUGAGGCCACACAGGCCACCCCAGAGCCCCGUCUUGCAGCCUUUCCAUUCUAGUGAGCGCGAGGGUCAGCGUUGCCUGCGAGAAGGGCUUGGUUCCUCGGGUCGACGGGGUCCGGGAUCGGAGUUCUAUUUCACUCAGGAUGGAAUUAAUCCAAGCAAGUUGGGCCGAGUUAGGAACAGGUUUAGAAUUAGGGUUAGGGUCACAGUAGGGUCAGCGGUCGGCAGUAAGGUCAAGGGCGCCCAGUGAGGGCGGGGAAAGCCUGGCCAGUCUGAUCCAGCCCCCUCCCUUAGUCCUGCUUCUUCCUUAUCCGCGCCUACACCCCUGGCGCCCCAGCAUCCUUUCGCGUCCGAGUCCCAGGCCCAUGAACUCCCGGGCGGGGCCACGCCCAAGUGCCCGUCCAUCGCCGCCUCCAGGGUGACGCCCUCUAUGCAAACAAGUCUGUCACGCCCAAUCAGCUCCCGGGGGCAGGGCCGCCCGCUCCCAAGGCACCUGCGGCCGCGGGCCCCUGAUCUUCGUGCAGCCGCUGCGGGUCCGUGCGCCCAGCGUCCCAGGACUCAGGCCGAGCAGACAGAGAUCGCUCCACUCAGCCUGGGACGAUGGGGAGGAAAAAAAUCCAGAUCUCCCGUAUCCUGGACCAAAGGAAUCGGCAGGUAACGUUCACCAAGCGGAAGUUCGGGCUGAUGAAGAAGGCCUAUGAGCUGAGCGUGCUCUGCGACUGUGAGAUAGCCCUCAUCAUCUUCAACAGCGCCAACCGCCUCUUCCAGUAUGCCAGCACGGACAUGGACCGCGUGCUGCUGAAGUACACGGAGUACAGCGAGCCCCACGAGAGCCGCACCAACACUGAUAUCCUCGAGACGCUGAAGCGGAGGGGCAUUGGCCUCGAUGGGCCAGAACUGGAGCCAGAUGAAGGGCCUGAGGAGCCAGGAGAGAAGUUUCGGAGGCUGGGAGGCGAAGGGGGUGAUCCAGCCUUGCCCCGACCCCGGCUGUAUCCUGCAGCUCCUGCUAUGCCCAGCCCAGACAUGGUGUACGGGGCCCUGCCGCCACCAAGCUGUGACCCCAGUGGGCUUGGGGAGGCACUGCCCGCCCAGAGCCGCCCAUCUCCCUUCCGACCAGCAGCCCCCAAAGCUGGGCCCCCAGGCCUGGUGCACCCUCUCUUCUCACCAAGCCACCUCACGAGCAAGACACCACCCCCACUGUACCUGCCGACGGAAGGGCGGAGGCCAGACCUACCUGGUGGCCUGGCUGGGCCCCGAGGGGGACUAAACACCUCCAGAAGCCUCUACAGUGGCCUGCAGAGCCCCUGCUCCACUGCAACCCCUGGACCCCCGCUGGGGAGCUUCCCCUUCCUCCCCGCAGGCCCCGCAGAAUAUGGCCUGGGAGACCCUCCACCGCCCCCUGGCUUGUUGCAGCCCCCAACCCUGGCCCCCUGGCAGCCCUCGAGAGGUGAUGGGCCCCCCGCCGUGCCCUCCCAGCCCAGUGGGGGCCGAAGCUUGGGCGAGGAGGGCCCCCCAACCCGCGGCGCCUCCCCGCCGACACCCCCAGUCAGCAUCAAGUCCGAGCGCCUCUCUCCGGCCCCCGGGGGCCCCGGCGACUUUCCUAAGACCUUCCCCUACCCCUUGCUCCUCGCCCGGUCCCUGGCAGAGCCUCUGCGGCCCGGGCCCGCCCUGCGCCGGCUGCCCUUGGCCGACGGCUGGCCCCGGUAGGAGACCCCUGGUGGCACAGGCCCAGGGUUCUCGCCGGGCACGGCGAGGGCACGUGGGGACCCCACCUCCCUCCAGGCCUCUUCAGAGAAGACUCGACAGUGACGGCCCCCUCCGCGGUGGGGGCUUGGACUCAAUCCACCCUGGGGGGACUCCUUUCCUUCUUCCUCUUUGUGUGUAUACCUAAAAAUAAAACGCGCGUGGCGUCCGUGGACCAGA